CAGAUGAUGGUGCUCAUGGUGGUGGUGGUGAUGAAGAUGAUGGUGCUCAUGGUGAUGCUCAACUUUCUGCCAGUCUCAGUGGUUUAACCCUGGAUAAGUUCCUGAGGGCAGCCAUGGAGAAAUCCCUCCAAAGUAGAAAUGGUCACCUGGACCUGUUUGUCCGCUUCCUUCAUGGCCUCUCUCUGGAGUCCAACCAGAGACUCUUAGGAGGUCUGCUGGGUCAGACAGAGAACAGUCCAGAAACCAUCCAGAGAGCCAUCAACAACCUGAAGGAGAUGAACAGAGAUGAUAUCUCUCCUGACAGAAGCAUCAACAUCUUCCACUGUCUGAUGGAGAUGAAGGAUCACUCAGUUCAUCAGGAGAUCCAAGAGUUCCUGAAGUCAGAGAACAGAUCAGAGAGGGAACUCUCUGAGAUCCACUGCUCAGCUCUGGCCUACAUGCUGCAGAUGUCAGAGGAGGUUCUGGACGAGUUGGACCUGUAUGAGUACAACACAUCAGAAGAGGGACGACUGAGACUGAUCCCAGCUGUGAGGAACUGCAGGAAGGCUCGACUUACUGAUUGUCAACUCUCAGAGACUCACUGUGAAGUCGUGGCCUCAGCUCUGAAGUCCAACCCCUCCCAUCUGAAAGAGCUGGACCUGAGUGACAACCAGAAACUGCUCGAUUCAGGAGUGAAGCUGCUCUCUGCUGGACUUAAGAGUCCAAACUGUAGGCUGGAGACUCUGAUAUUGAUCAGCUGCAGUUUGUCAGAGAUCAGCUGUUCUUCUCUGGCCUCAGCUCUGAAGUCCAACCCCUCCCACCUGAAACACCUGGACCUGAGUAGGAACGACCUGCGGGACUCAGGAGUGAAGGGUCUGUGUGGUUUUCUGGAGAGUCCAGACUGUCGACUGGAGACUCUGAGGUUGAGUCGCUGCAGGUUGUCAGAGAUCAGCUGUUCUUCUCUGACCUCAGCUCUGAAGUCCAACCCCUCCCACCUGAAACACCUGGACCUGAGCAACAACAUCGACCUGCGGGACUCAGGAGUGAAGGGUCUGUGUGGUUUUCUGGAGAGUCCAGACUGUCGACUGGAGACUCUGAGGGUCGGCAGGAACAGGGUGAUUAAAGCCUCCAGAGACAAAACCUGUGCCUCUGACGUCAAACUGGAUUCAAACACAGCAGACACAAAGCCGGAGGAGUCAGAGGACGACGAGUCAGAGGAGUCAGAGGACGACACAAAGCUGGAGGAGACGGAGGACGACGAGUCGGAGGAGAUGGAGGACGACACAAAGCCGAUGAAGCCUCCAUCAAGCUUCACACCUGAACUGAGAAGAGAAUCUACACAAGUCUCAUACAGGUUCAGGUGUCCUGGUCCGGGCGGGUUCCAGUGUACUUCAACUGGACUGGUGUUUGUUGUGGAUCAGGAGGCGGAGCUGCUUUACAGGACUGUCCAAUGGGACGAGAGCCUCCUCCAAUCAGCUGGCAAGACGGCUGCAGGGCCGCUGAUCAGUAUCCAGUGUCCUGAGGAUGCCGUCCGUCAGCUUCACCUCCCACACUGUGAAACAAAGGCUGCUCUGCUCUCUGAAGGUCUGCUGUCUGUCGUCCACAUCACUGAUGAUGGGAUGAGCGUCAUCGACCCGCUGGAGAUCACAGACACUCAUGUGAUCGUCAAAGUCCCUCAUCUCUCCUCCUUUGGCCUGGUCUGGGCUUUGGAGUUUUUACUGAGGAUUCUGAACAACAAGAAACCAAUUAGCUGCCAAGUUUUGCUGUUCCGACCACCAAACCAAAUAACACGGAAGCAAAGCCUCAACGUGCAUCUGCUGCCAAGUAACGUCCUUCUGGACGAGGUGAAGGCAAAGCAGGAAGAUUGUGUGCUCAUCCGGAAGCCUUCCAAGUGUACACUCAUCAAAAAUCAAACUUACACCGUUCACUGUCCGAAGGCCCAUAAAGUCCAGCCUCAGAAAGAUGACUUUGACCUGGACUUUGGACCAAAUUAUCCCCCAACGUUUGAGAUCAUCCUGCCUGCAAACAUAGAGGAAACCACUGUCGCGGUCCGAGACCAGGCGGAGACAGCUGUCUGGGAGUGUGAGGUUCACCUGCCAGUUCAUCUUCCAGGUCCUGGUCCAGCAGGGACUCCGAGUGUCUCAGCAGGGACUCCGAGUGUCUCAGCAGAAGAGAAGCUGAAGUCUGUUCGGACUCAGUUCAUCGACAGGGUGUCAGGACCUGUUCUUCGUGAGCUGCUGGAUAAACUCCUGGACCGCGAGGUGUUAACUGGCGGUGAAAUGGAGUCUGUUGCCGCGACACCGAGCAGGAAAGAGAAAGCUCGAGAGGUGAUCGACAUGGUGCGAAGAAAAGGACCGGCAGCCAGUUCAGCUCUGAUUGAUGUUCUGUGUGAGGUGGAUCCAUACCUGUCAUCACAGCUGGACCUAACGUGAAGAGGAAACUUCUUUCGUUCUUUAGUUUUACCUUAAAACUUUUGGUAAAAACCUUCAAACUCUCCAGAUAUGAAUCUGUGUUCAUGUUCUGGAAACGAGACUCUGUCCUGCUGUGACUCACUGAAGAUUGGUGUGUCGACUGGCUGUACAGUUACUGAAUGUUUUGAGAUUUAAGAUCAAUAAAUGACAGUUUGCUGUGUUCUGCCUGUUUCCUGACAUCCAUAACUCACACUGUCACUGUGUAAUAGGGAUGCUAACUUCAGCUGGUGAAAACCUCUGACUGAAUAACAUCUCAAAUCUGUGACUCACUCUAUCCUUUGUCCUGAUUGGUUGGCAGAUCAUGGUAGCCACGCCCUAAAGCACACCCUGCUUUUAUCAUCUAUUUGACUUUAUAAAUAACAUUCAUGUGUUAGUGACCCAUAUGCUGCAGGAACUCUGCUUUUGAUCCUCAUGGAGAAAGUGGUCGAAGGUCAAAGGUCAGUAUGACCUCAGAAAACACUAACUCAAGACUUGACGCAGUGAUCAUGACAGCAGGUGUGUCCACACACAUACCUGUCGUACAUCCCAGUACAAGGACCUGCAGCUAACUUUUAACCUACAUGAGCUUCCUGCACCCACACGCCAUGUUGUCUCAGCGGCCAUCUUGAAUGCUUUCUUUUGUUUACUGCCACUUUGUUCCUAGUCUUCCACCAUUUUGAAUCAGCCAUUUUGCCUUUGUUUGUUUCCCCUAC